UUGAAUAUAAAUCUUUAUUCAUUUGAUUCUUAUUUUAUUGUUCAUUUAAAUACAAUUCAAUAAAUCAUGAAUGUAUAAAAUGUUAUUUAGAUCCAACAGAUGAAAGUUAUAUAAAAUUUGGGAUAUGGUGAUAGGCAAAUUCGGCAUCUGGCAUGGCAGUGAGUGACGAGUGCAAGCUUAAGUUCUUGGAACUUAAAGCAAAGAGGAACCAUCGAUUCAUUGUCUUCAAGAUCAAUGAGGAAAACCAACAGGUGAAGGUAGAAACGCUUGGGAGCCCCCAAGCAUCUUAUGAUGAUUUCACUAAGUCCUUGCCUCCUAAUGAGUGUCGUUAUGCUGUUUUUGAUUUUGAGUUCACAACUGAUGAGAAUUGCCAGAAAAGCAAGAUUUUCUUCUUUGCAUGGGCUCCUGACACAUCCAAGGUGAGGAACAAGAUGCUGUAUGCAAGCUCCAAGGACAGAUUCAAGAGGGAAUUGGAUGGUAUUCAAGUCGAGCUGCAAGCAACUGAUCCUAGUGAGAUGAGCUUGGAUAUUGUCAAAGGUCGAGCUCUCUGAAUUCAGAAAAAUCACACCCAUUAUCUCUUCGCUUCAUUUUUUAACUGUUGCUUAUGAUUGUUUCAUCUUUUUGAGUUUGAAUUAUUACCGGAACGUACGUAAUUACUGUAUUUCAUCCUUUUUCUUUCAUUUCCUCUAUGAAUUUUUGUAUGCAUGUUUUAUGUUUGU